GUCGCGGUUGCUCUGCCGCGCUCGCCAGUCGACCUAGCGACAUGGCCACAGGCGGCAGUGCGAGAGCGGGUGAGCCGUGCCCGACGUCGCUGUUCCGCCUGCUGAAGCGCACGCCGUCUCUGGGCAGCCCCUCCCAGCCGCCGCCGCAGCCGCCCCCGAGACUGCCGCCGCUCACUGAUGGAGGAGACGAGCACAGCUGCUCACAAGUCAUGCUCAGCAGGGAACCCGCAGCUGUUUUUCCUGAAGUUCACUUUAUCGAAAGCUGCAAAAAAAGACUGCCAGAUCUGCAUGAAGAUGAUGUGAUAGAAGAACAGGCUGUUGGACAUGAUUUUAUUCUGUACCAAGCCCUGUUCCAUGAGGUGAGGAGUAUUGUACCUCAGUGGGAAGUUCCUACAAAUGGAAACAGUAUAUAUUACAUGUUAAUUGGUUUCAAAACUCGGGACCACAGUCUUUCCCAAGUUAUGGAAGACUCCUGGAGAGAAUGGACAUCAGCUCGUUACAUCUACCUUAACUUACCAGAUGAACUUGGACUGACACGGAUCUCUCUCUAUAGACAGAAAAUCCCUUGGUCAAUAAACAUAUUUUCAUAUAUUGUUCUAGUAGAGUGCCAAAAUGUUUCAAGCAAGGAUGAUCAGACAGUACUCUCUGAUUUUGCACAAAGACUAAGAGCUGAGAGAAUUACUGGCUACAUAUCUGUAUAUUGUUGUGAGAGGCACAAAUUGCUUCCGAAUGGGACAGCACAUCAUCCACUGACAAAUGGAAUCACUAAUGGCUUCAGUGAACAUGAACCACCGAUGUGUCACAGGUACACCACAUCAAAACUUUACUGAAAUAACUCUGUGGCAAUGGCAACAACAACAAAAAAUGCAGUGGACAGAAUCUCAACAAUAACGGUUGCAAAGGAAAUUUGUAGAAAAGUAUUUCCUUAAAUGACCGUAUUUCGAAGACUGCCAGUUCAGAUGGACUUUUAUUUUUUUCCCCACAUGUCAACUAUAUAUGACAAUGUGAAUUUGUUAUCAUGCUUCUUUUACAACUGCAUAUAUAUGUUGCACAGUGCUUUUAGUGAUAAAUGUGUAACUGUUAAACUGUGUCAAAAAUUAUACUGGAUGAAAAGAUAACUGAAAAUGAGCUAGCAGGAUUAUGUAGGAAGCAGAUGUUAAAUUAGUGAUAAUACGGAGCUUCAGAAGCCAAGUUUUCUUUAGCAGAUGAUGUGAAAACUUGCAACAUUAUUGAAUCAAAUAAUACAAACUAUUAAAACAUACAUAAUUUUUUUCAGUAACCAGUUGCAGUGACUGCUGAACUGGGCAAUGCCAUCAUCAUCUUAAGAAUGUCAGAUGAUAACAACGUGUUCAUAAGACUGAUGAGCAGCCAGCACUUCUCUGAGUGGUCAUUAUGGCUGAAACCUUACAAAUUCCCCACUAAAGAGUAUUCAGCUGGUCUGAAAAGACCGAGAAAUUUCUUUUACAGUUCUCUCUACUGCAGAAAAUUCCACAAGAGUAAUAUUUGACCCUUAAACUCCAAACAAACUGAAAAAUAAAUUUAAGGUGGUAUACAAUAACCGAAGUGAAUAUCAAUAAAAUUUUGUUAAUAAUGUCAUACUGAUCACAGUAUUUCAGAUGGAUUUAAAACUUGCAGAGAUGUAUGCUCACUGAACUGUACAAAUAUUCCUUGACUGUUUCCGAUAGUUAAAUUAGAUGUGUGAAAUGUAAUUCACUUCAUGGAAACAUAAAGAAGUGCCAUUGCUUAAUGAAUUCUACCUGUGAUUUGAAUGUUUAUCAACAGUUGUAUUAAUUGUAGUUCUUUUCUUUUGAGAAAAUGAUUCAUGAAACACGCAUUAUCAUUCCAAGUG